GGUGGCCUGCUUCCAACCUAUAUACUGCCUCUUAAUAACAGAUAUUUUUAGUCUUCCAUGGCCCUAUCUGGAUUUAGUGAUUUUGAUGAAUUGUCAUCUUGUGAGACACUUUUGUAUCACAAUGGCCUAUCAGCGAUCAGUUUUACACAUGUUUUCGAUAGGAAGAAAAUUGAUUCUUGCUUUCAGUCACUACAUACUUCAGACAUCCCAAGCAGCAAAACAUGCUCACCAGUUAUUAUGGACGGCGAAAAAAGUGUUGCGUCAAAUUCUAGACUUGUCCUCCCACCCAGCAAGCCAAGUUUUCAUCUUAACCAUGAGGACCGACCAAUGUUAGCGGAAUCUUUUUUAUCACCUGAUGCACAUCCUGUGGCUGUUCGUAAACUCCGAGGUCGACGAAGACGUGGGAAGCAAAAUUUGUUGAAUUGUUCAUCCAUUUCACCACUUCGGUUAGAUCAAUCAGGAUUACUUCAAACGUCAAGUAUUGAAAGUGGAACAGUGGAGCCUGUGGGUGCGGUUGUCCCGAUGAUGGUGGGUAGACGGCGUGGGAGAAGAGGCACGGUCAGAGGGAAUGUGGGGAGUGGUGAAUCGUUUUCCCCAUUGAGAUUGAGCGAGUCUGUGUUAGCAGAGCCCAUAGUUGAGAAAGGAUCAAUGAACGGAGAUGCGAGCACCGUUUCAGGGUGUUCUGUUUUGACAGUGGGUGAAUCUAAAGCUGUGUGCGUGUUGACGGCGAUGGAUCCGAAAUUGACGGAGGGUGAUGAAGAAGAGAAAUCGAUGUCAAUGAAUGGCGAUUUGAAUUCACUAGUUUCUUCUCGAUCGAUCAGUUCUCCUGACAGAGGUGGAACAGUGGAGCCUGUGGGUGCGGUUGUCCCGAUGAUGGUGGGUAGACGGCGUGGGAGAAGAGGCACGGUCAGAGGGAAUGUGGGGAGUGGUGAAUCGUUUUCCCCAUUGAGAUUGAGCGAGUCUGUGUUAGCAGAGCCCAUAGUUGAGAAAGGAUCAAUGAACGGAGAUGCGAGCACCGUUUCAGGGUGUUCUGUUUUGACAGUGGGUGAAUCUAAAGCUGUGUGCGUGUUGACGGCGAUGGAUCCGAAAUUGACGGAGGGUGAUGAAGAAGAGAAAUCGAUGUCAAUGAAUGGCGAUUUGAAUUCACUAGUUUCUUCUCGAUCGAUCAGUUCUCCUGACAGAGGUGGAACAGUGGAGCCUGUGGGUGCGGUUGUCCCGAUGAUGGUGGGUAGACGGCGUGGGAGAAGAGGCACGGUCAGAGGGAAUGUGGGGAGUGGUGAGAAAUCGAUGUCAAUGAAUGGCGAUUUGAAUUCACUAGUUUCUUCUCGAUCGAUCAGUUCUCCUGACAGAGGUGGAACAGUGGAGCCUGUGGGUGCGGUUGUCCCGAUGAUGGUGGGUAGACGGCGUGGGAGAAGAGGCACGGUCAGAGGGAAUGUGGGGAGUGGUGAAUCGUUUUCCCCAUUGAGAUUGAGCGAGUCUGUGUUAGCAGAGCCCAUAGUUGAGAAAGGAUCAAUGAACGGAGAUGCGAGCACCGUUUCAGGGUGUUCUGUUUUGACAGUGGGUGAAUCUAAAGCUGUGUGCGUGUUGACGGCGAUGGAUCCGAAAUUGACGGAGGGUGAUGAAGAAGAGAAAUCGAUGUCAAUGAAUGGCGAUUUGAAUUCACUAGUUUCUUCUCGAUCGAUCAGUUCUCCUGACAGAGGUGGAACAGUGGAGCCUGUGGGUGCGGUUGUCCCGAUGAUGGUGGGUAGACGGCGUGGGAGAAGAGGCACGGUCAGAGGGAAUGUGGGGAGUGGUGAAUCGUUUUCCCCAUUGAGAUUGAGCGAGUCUGUGUUAGCAGAGCCCAUAGUUGAGAAAGGAUCAAUGAACGGAGAUGCGAGCACCGUUUCAGGGUGUUCUGUUUUGACAGUGGGUGAAUCUAAAGCUGUGUGCGUGUUGACGGCGAUGGAUCCGAAAUUGACGGGGGGUGGUCCAUCGUUUUCUGAAAAUAAGACGGUAAAUUUUAAUCUGCCUUCUCGUCCUAUAAAUGUUACUGCUUUAUCCAGUACCUUUCCACAAUCUAUAUCGGCUGUACAACAACUGUGCUCUGUAAAGGGUACUACGAGUAAAAAGCGUCUUCUUGGGGAACAAGAUAGGAUUUCCGCCUUAAUGUCAUUAAAUGAAUUCGAGGACGAUUAUAAAACAGAAGCGCAUCGAAUUUCAAGUAAAACUCCACUAAGUCAACUGACAUAUUCUCGUGCUUCAAGUGAUAGUAAAUUGUAUCCGGAGACUGUGGAUUCUGUUUUACCCUUAAUCAAACCAGUUAGCAUAAUCAUCACAGAUUGUUUCCUUGAAUCAGAAGAAGAUGAUAUUGUUGAUUCCGGGCAAUUAGUAAAGAAGCGUCGAAAAAAUAGUGUUGUUUUAGAUGAAGAGAAGAAUGUUUCGAGAGAUAAUAGCGAGAUGUUGGAGCCACCGGUAUCCUCUCUCCAAGGAUUAUCACCGAUCCCUUACCGUUGUGAAGAUGAUGUUGCGAUUCCAGACGUUGUUACUUCAGAUGGAGCAAAAGAUGCUUCUAAUGAUGGUAUGGUGAUGUUGAAGCUACCAGUGUCCUCUCUCCAGGCAUUGUCACCGAUCCCUUACCGUUAUGAAGAUGAUGUUGCGAUGCCAGAAGGUGUUGUUUUAGAUGAAGAGAAGAAUGUUUCGAGAGAUAAUAGCGAGAUGUUGGAGCCACCGGUAUCCUCUCUCCAAGGAUUAUCACCGAUCCCUUACCGUUGUGAAGAUGAUGUUGCGAUUCCAGACGUUGUUACUUCAGAUGGAGCAAAAGAUGCUUCUAAUGAUGGUAUGGUGAUGUUGAAGCUACCAGUGUCCUCUCUCCAGGCAUUGUCACCGAUCCCUUACCGUUAUGAAGAUGAUGUUGCGAUGCCAGAAGGUGUUGUUUUAGAUGAAGAGAAGAAUGUUUCGAGAGAUAAUAGCGAGAUGUUGGAGCCACCGGUAUCCUCUCUCCAAGGAUUAUCACCGAUCCCUUACCGUUGUGAAGAUGAUGUUGCGAUUCCAGACGUUGUUACUUCAGAUGGAGCAAAAGAUGCUUCUAAUGAUGGUAUGGUGAUGUUGAAGCUACCAGUGUCCUCUCUCCAGGCAUUGUCACCGAUCCCUUACCGUUAUGAAGAUGAUGUUGCGAUGCCAGAAGGUGUUGUUUUAGAUGAAGAGAAGAAUGUUUCGAGAGAUAAUAGCGAGAUGUUGGAGCCACCGGUAUCCUCUCUCCAAGGAUUAUCACCGAUCCCUUACCGUUGUGAAGAUGAUGUUGCGAUUCCAGACGUUGUUACUUCAGAUGGAGCAAAAGAUGCUUCUAAUGAUGGUAUGGUGAUGUUGAAGCUACCAGUGUCCUCUCUCCAGGCAUUGUCACCGAUCCCUUACCGUUAUGAAGAUGAUGUUGCGAUGCCAGAAGGUGUUGUUUUAGAUGAAGAGAAGAAUGUUUCGAGAGAUAAUAGCGAGAUGUUGGAGCCACCGGUAUCCUCUCUCCAAGGAUUAUCACCGAUCCCUUACCGUUGUGAAGAUGAUGUUGCGAUUCCAGACGGUGUGUGUUCUUCUUUGAUGGGGACUAGUGAUUUCCAGAAUUCUUCAAGAAGUUUAUCAAAUUUGCCUAUCGUACCUAAAGGUCGUCCGAGUGUGACAUUCGCACCAAUCGUAGUAUAUUUUGAUAGUCCAGAUAAUUCUCAACCCAGAGUAUCUGUUGGUCCGAUUGCUCAUGAGGAAAGUGAUCUUACUCAUUUUGAUUGCGAACUGUCGGAAAAGCUAAUUCCUCAAGAAGGUUCCUUGACUCAGAGUGAAAAUAAAGAGAAUAUUGGAUCCUUUUUUGAAUCGACUGCGUUAUGUAGCACUCAAGACUCAAUGUAUCCAUCUCCAUCCACUUCCUCGUUAUCGUUAUCAAGAAUUAAACUUCCAUGGUGUACUCCAUACGAUUGCCAGUUUUUACCAUUCAAAUCAAAACGACCUCCUACUAAAAGUUUUAUACAAAGUGAUGGCCAUUUAAGACGUAGUAAACGACUACGUGUACCAGCUACACAUGAUAGGAAUAAAGUAGUUGUUUAUGAACCGGAUAAAGAUGAAUAUGGUUUAGUUUAUCAAAAACCAAUUGGAUUAGCUAUAUUACCUGACCCAGAUGAAAUUAACAGACGUCAAAAAUUUCUCAAUCGUUUAAAACGUUGUCAAAAUAAUCGUACUCAGUUUUUAAGAAAUGAAAAAAUCAAUCGAGCAAAACGCCUUCAAAAACUGGCCAAACGUUACAGAUCACUGAAAGGUGCACAGAAACCUGAAACAGAUCCAUGUAUGCGAAUUCAAUUGGAUCCAGAUGUUGAAUGGAUAUCACAUACAGAAACACAGUUGCCUAUCGGGAUCAAUGAUGCAUCUCCUUUCCAACAGGUGAUAUAUCCAGAAAAUGCACAAUUUCCUCCAUUCAAAUUUUCUACUAUGGAAUACUCGAGUUACGUAGUUCCAGCUUUAUCUGGUGCUUUUCCAAGUAGAACUAAGACUCGUAUACCUUGUUUUGAAAUGAAUGCAAAUCUUACGAGGAUUGUCAGUAAGGAACAAGAAAGACGUCAACUUCAUUAUGAUCCGAACGCUAUAAAUGUAUUCAAAAUGAUGUCAAGUCCUUCUGUUCUUAUGAAUAAUAACAGUUCUUACAGUCUUUAUGCUGUACAGAUUGCGAAAUUUGCCAUUCCUUUAACAAAACCUUGUAUCGUAUAUAUUCCAAAAGGUAUACCGUACAAAUUUUUAAAUGCAACAAAAGAGAACUUAAAUCUUUGUCGAAUAAGAUAUGUUUUAACUUGAUUCUUUUCUUUUAAAUAAUUUUAUGUAAUUUUAUCCGCUUCACUUCUAUCGUAUAUAUCUAUAUAUACACUUUUAUACCGAUUGUCAUUAUUUUGAUUUCUCUUAAAUAAAUAUAUUUAAAUGUAGUAA